CACACGGUGGACUGUUUUCUGACCAGAAGGGAAUUCCAUUUCCAUAAUCUCGACCUCCCAAACAAACCUGCAAUUGCGAUUUCACGGCAAUUCGAUGGAUUCUUUUCUCGUCGCCUUCACUUGAUUUUGAUUGCUGAGCUGUUGGUGGUGGCUGGUGACGGAUUUUUUUUUUUUUUUUUUGUGGAGUUCUGCAUUGUUCGGUAAUUUCUCGAAAUUGGUUUGAUUCUCCGACGAUCAUCGCCUGAGAUUGGAGAGGAAAGUUUGUGAUCUUUGGAAAAUGGCGGAGGAAACGAGUAACCCGUCGAGGUACGUUAAAUUGACGAAAGAACAAGCUCCGAUGGAGGAAAUUAAUCCCGGCGAACUUAAUCAGCCGAUUGAUGUUCCUCAGUUACAUGUCCAGAAAUGCCAUGAAUGUGGACAGCCUUUGCCGGAAAGCUAUCAAGCUCCGGCAGAUGAGCCUUGGAGUACCGGGAUUUUCGAGUGUGCUAAAGAUACAGAAAGCUGCAAGACAGGUCUAUUUUGCCCGUGCGUAUUGUUUGGUCGCAAUGUCGAACGAGUGAGAGACGACACUCCAUGGACUCACCCAUGCGUAUGUCACGCCAUCUUCGUCGAAGGCGGCCUUGCCUUAGCCGUCGCAACGGCAGCCCUGAACGGAAUGAUCGACCCGGGAACUACUUGCCUCAUCUGCGAGGGCUUGUUCUUCAGUUGGUGGAUGUGCGGCAUCUACACCGGCUUCGUCCGCCAGACGUUGCAGAAGAAAUAUCAUCUCAAGAACUCGCCGUGCGACCCUUGCAUGGUGCAUUGCUGCCUGCACUGGUGCGCGUUGUGCCAAGAGCACCGGGAGCUGACAGAACGACUUGCGGACGACACCACAUUUGUCCCGACGGCGAUAGUCAAUCCUCCUCCGGUCCAAACAAUGAAUGCCAGCGGCAACGAUAGCCCCGGCCCGGCAUUACCACAUUCGACGAAUGCGUCGGAGCCGAACCGACCUAACCUCGAGAUGCUGCCUUUAUAGACAAAGCCAAUAAUGUGGCAAAAAAAUGGUACUGAAUGAAUGAUCUUUUGGACAUUAUUAUAAAUUUUGGUUACAACAUUGUUUGGAGACACCACAGAUGGUUCGAUUUUCACUAACUAUACACACUACAGCCCAUUUUGAAUUAA